AAGAUCACAGCCACCAGAAAUUUGUUUCUAAUCAGGCACGGUCAGUACAAAUUGGCAGGGCAGAAUGAUCAAGAACAUGUUCUCACUCCUCUUGGAAUUGAGCAAGCAAAGACAGCAGGUCGAAGGCUUUCCACUUUAUCCUUCAAAUUUUCUAAAAUGGUUGUCUCCACGAUGACACGGGCACAGCAGACAGCUGCCCUAAUCAAUGGCGAACUAAAAUUAGGGAAAGGUGAAAUAGAGAAUACAGAUUUGCUGAGGGAAGGGUCUCCAUUUCCUCCAGAACCAUCUUUACAUCACUGGAAGCCUGCUGCUAGACAGUUUUUGGAAGAUGGUGCCCGAAUUGAAAAAGCAUUUGAAACAUUCUUCCACAGAGCCAAGCCAACGCAGUUGAAAGACUCAUUUGAGGUUUACGUCUGCCACGCCAAUGUGAUUAGAUAUCUCGUUUGCAGGUUAGCUCUACAGCUCCCAGCAGAGGCAUGGUUGAGGAUGUCAUUACAUCAUGCCAGCAUAACUUGGAUAGUAAUCAGACCAUCGGGGCGAGUUUCAAUUCGAUUUCUUGGGGAUACCGGAUUUAUGGCCCCAAAUCAACUAACACUCAGCUGA